ACAUUCAGGAACGUUUGCAUUUAGCUGUACGGAGGUGCAUGUGAUACCAGGGAAAACUGGCAACACUGCAAGCCGCAGCACGAAGGCAUUUAAAACUUAUACAUCUUCAUAAUCAUUUGUAAAUAUACCUCAUUUUAUAGACUAUGAAAUAGUAGACAAUUAUGGCGAGGACUAAUUUUACAAUGAGUUUAUUAGUGCAUUUUGUUGUCGUCGUGAUAUUGCAGUCCGUAUUAUUCCAAGAUGGGGCCGUAACCGAAGCAGCCAAGAGAAGGAAGCCAUGUAAAUAUGACGGAAAGACAUAUAAACACGAUAGCGUGUGGCAACCGUAUGGAAAUCAAGACCCAUGUUUUGUUUGCAAGUGCCAUAAUGGAGAAUUCUUUUGUGAAACGCAAAAAUGUGACAAACCUAAUUGCCCAGGAGCAGUAGCCAAGGAAGGGGAGUGCUGCCCGAAAUGCCCAGAUAGUGAAGAACUUGAAAAGAUGAGGGCUGCUGCAGAAGAGAGACUUGUGACAGUACAAGGACCUCCAGGACGCAUCGGAAGAGCUGGACCUCGUGGAGGUCAAGGAGAUAGAGGUGACGAAGGUAGCGAUGGUAACAAUGGCGUCCCAGGGCCACCUGGUCCACCAGGUCCUCCAGGAGAGGCACAGGCAGCAUAUUGGGAUACAUUGAGAGAAAGCUGGCAACAAACUGAGAAGGGACCUGGCCCAAACGCGGCCUACCGUGGUCCAGCAGUGAUGCAGCAGGGUCCAAUCGGUCCAAGAGGUUCACCAGGACAACCGGGUCCAGCAGGUCCCCAAGGUUUCCAGGGUAUUCGAGGAGAGGCAGGAGAGCCAGGACCACCGGGUCCAUCAGGUUUGAGAGGACCCCCAGGUCUUUCUGGUCUGCAAGGAAAAGAUGGUGAAGUUGGACGUGAUGGUGAUCCCGGCUCAAGAGGUCUCCCAGGGUCUCCUGGUCCAAGAGGUCCAUCCGGAAUGCCAGGUAUGCCAGGACCAAAGGGACACAGGGGUUACCGAGGUCAACCAGGAUCUAAGGGAGAACAAGGGCGUGGUGGUGAGAAGGGUCCCGAGGGAUCCCCUGGUCCACAAGGUCCUCAUGGACCAGUUGGUCCAAGAGGUCCAGCUGGUGAGCGAGGUAGAGAUGGUAAACCCGGUCCUGCAGGUCUUAGAGGUGUUGAUGGUCUAGGAGGUCCAUCUGGUCCACCAGGUCCAAUCGGUCAACCAGGUCCACCAGGAUUCCCAGGCGCACCAGGAGCCAAAGGAGACAGAGGAGCACUAGGUUUGAAGGGUAAUCAUGGUUUACAAGGUCCACGUGGUGAAAAUGGAGCUCCAGGAGACGCUGGUCAACCAGGACACCAAGGUCCCCCCGGUAGAGAUGGAGUUAAUGGAGACAAGGGAGACAGAGGAUCACCCGGUGGCCCAGGAAAUCCAGGUUUCCCAGGACCCCGUGGCCAGAACGGACAAGAUGGACAACCAGGCAUUCAGGGAAUCAAGGGAGACUCUGGCCAACCUGGACAACAAGGUUACCAAGGAGAAGCUGGACCAAAAGGUUCACCUGGUACUUCUGGAGAUAGAGGUGCCCCUGGUCUUACCGGACCACCAGGCAAACGUGGAUCAAGAGGUGCCACCGGAGCACCAGGACCUGCUGGCCUUCAAGGAGAGAGAGGUCCCCCAGGUGGUAGAGGUGCUGCUGGAGCUGAUGGUCCUUCUGGUCCACCAGGUCCAUCCGGUGAACGAGGAGAGAGAGGACCCAAUGGAGAAGUUGGACCAACUGGCUCACCUGGUCCCCGUGGUUUGAACGGUCCACCAGGUCCAAGAGGAACUAAUGGAUCACCUGGUAAAGAUGGCUUACCCGGUCCAGCUGGAUUCCCAGGUGAAGCUGGUCAAGACGGCAAACCAGGUGAACAAGGACCACAAGGUAUCCAAGGUCUUCCAGGUAUGCAGGGAACGCCCGGCCAGAGAGGAUUCCCAGGAGAGGCUGGAAAAGAUGGAAAACCUGGAGAGACUGGACCAUCAGGACCACAAGGGGACCGAGGCAAACCAGGCAACGAUGGUAAACCAGGACCACAAGGAGCUCCCGGAGAGGCCGGUGAUAGAGGUCAGCCAGGUAAUCCAGGACCACCAGGAUUCCAGGGUUUACCUGGUGAAGCAGGCACAGCUGGUGAACCCGGCAAAAAUGGAGAAAUUGGACCUCCUGGCCCAGCCGGGUCUCGUGGUGGCGUUGGCUUGCCGGGUCUUCCUGGAGAAGUAGGACAACCAGGAACUCCUGGAAAGGAUGGUGAUGCUGGGGCAGCUGGUCCCCAAGGUGCACGUGGUGCGAUUGGAUUACCCGGAGAGCGAGGUCAACCAGGAGAACGUGGCGAGGCUGGAAAAACUGGAGCACCAGGAGAUCGUGGACCAGGUGGACCCUCAGGAAAAGAUGGUGAACGAGGACUGCCUGGAGAACGAGGAGAGCCAGGACCCCAGGGAACUGCAGGUUUAGUGGGUCUGCCAGGUCAACGAGGAGAGCCAGGAACAUCAGGACCAAAGGGAGAACGAGGUAACAGUGGAAAUUCUGGACCACCAGGACAACAGGGUAAACAGGGUCUCCCCGGUGAAGCUGGAACCCCUGGUCCAAGUGGGCCCCAAGGGUUAGCUGCUCCAAAAGGUGAAAAUGGACAACCAGGUCCAGCUGGGCCUAGAGGAGCGACGGGUAAAUCAGGAAACAGAGGGGCUCCAGGAACACCAGGACCAGUUGGUCUCCCAGGAACUCCAGGACUUGCCGGUAACCCCGGUCCUAAAGGUGACACUGGCGCUGCAGGUCCCCGAGGUCCCAAUGGUGCUAUUGGUGUCCCAGGUCCCCAAGGAGAAGCAGGUCGAGCUGGAAAAGACGGUAUCCCAGGUAGACAAGGAAAGAGAGGAGAUCCAGGUGUUCCCGGAGACGCAGGACCACCAGGUGCCCCAGGACGACCAGGUCAAUCAGGAUCUACUGGCCAACCUGGAAGCCCAGGUACCCCAGGAGCAGCAGGCAAAGAAGGAAUCAAGGGAAGCCGUGGUGAGUCUGGACGACCAGGUAAGGAUGGUAUCAACGGAAACACAGGACCUCAGGGACCCCCAGGAGAGAAGGGCGGUAAUGGUGAAGAUGGCAAGGAUGGUUUACCAGGUCCCCAAGGUCCACCAGGCCCACAGGGAGAGCGUGGUCUCGUAGGCUUACCCGGUCUGAGAGGAGAGCGUGGUCCAACUGGUGCUGGAGGACCAAGAGGUGAAUCAGGAUCAGCCGGAAAAGAUGGACGGCCAGGUGACAAUGGACGACCAGGACCACAAGGCAACCCUGGACCACCAGGUCUCACUGGAGAACAAGGACACGAAGGUACACCCGGUAAAGAUGGUGCCCCUGGUCUUCAAGGACGCCCAGGAGACAAAGGACCACCCGGCUCUGCAGGCAACCCAGGACCACAAGGUCUCCCAGGACCUCAGGGACCCCCAGGCGCAACCGGAUCUGCUGGUUCUCCAGGAGCCCGUGGUGAGAACGGAGAACGUGGUCCAGCUGGUGUCCGAGGACCUCCAGGUGCUAGAGGCUCAGCAGGAUCUCCUGGUGUACAGGGAGAGAAGGGUCAGCGUGGAGAUAGAGGAAACAAGGGAGAUAAGGGUUGGCAGGGUCUUCCAGGUCUCCAGGGUGUGACUGGUAACCCAGGUCCCCAGGGAGAGGAUGGUCAACCAGGUCCACCUGGUCCAGCUGGUUCAAGAGGUCAACAAGGUAAUCGUGGUCAACCAGGUCAAGCAGGAUCUCCCGGACAACCAGGUUCCAUUGGACCCCCUGGUCCCCGUGGUCCCGAGGGUAGCGACGGGCGCAAUGGGCCACCAGGACCUCCAGGUCCACCAGGUCCCCCAGGUCCUCCAGGUGGUGAUGCUGGAUGGGGUGGAAACAUUUGGUCAAGACCAGGACCAAAAGGACCCGACCCACUUUUGGGUGACGAAGCACCAAAGGAUGUCUUUGAAGCCAUGAAUCGUCUUGAAAAGGCCAUUGAAACAAUUAGGAAACCCGAUGGUACACAAAAAGCUCCAGCAAGAACCUGCAAAGAUCUCGCCAACUCCAAUCCCGAAUUUGAAGAUGGUAUGUACUGGAUUGAUCCUAACCAGGGCAGCAUUGCUGAUGCCAUCCAAGUGUGGUGUAAUAUUGGCGAUUAUGAGACUUGCAUUCUGCCAAAACCAGAAGAGGUACACCGUGGAACAUGGUACGAAGGUCCAAGCCGACAUGUUUGGUUCGGAGAAGAGAUGAACGAUGGAUUUACAUUCUCUUAUAAAACAGACAGGGUCCAACUGACCUUCCUGCAAAUUCUCAGUGAAACUGCCUACCAGAAUAUCACAUACGUAUGUAAGAACUCAGUUGCCUACCUUGAUGCUUCCACUGGAGAGUAUGACAAAUCACUUAAGCUUAUGACAUAUAACGAUCUAGAGUUGGUCGGAACAGAACCCGUCAAAUUCAGAUACAGUGUAAAGGAGGAUGAAUGCCAGUACAAGAAGAAUAGCUGGGGUAAAACAGUAUUUGAGAUAUCAACUAGUAAAACUCAAAGACUUCCAAUCACCGAUGUUGCUCCAUUUGACAUCGGACAGGCCGACCAAGCAUUCGGACUUGUACUUGGCCCAGUUUGCUUCUCAUGAAGAAAUAACUAGGUCAUUCUCAAACAUUCAUCUCAUACAAAAGUUGCUUCUUAGAUAUAUAGGCAACAAACAUUUUACCAUGAGAAACACGAAAGCAUUUAAAAAUGUGCAUUUAUAGGUUCCUAUCUAUGUAAAUAUUUGCUCACUGCUACGUAGAGUUAUAUUUUCAGUUUUGUGUAGGCUAGAAUCAAGCCAUAGUUUUGACAUAUAGAGUAUUGGCGUCCUUAUAAUGGACACAGAGGAGCAAAUAUGUACACGGUUAGGGUAGAAUUAAAACAAUUUAAAACGACCAACCAGCUAGGAGAGGAGACUCCUUUCACUUGCAGGAUGACGUUCUCCUACCUUACCAAGAAAUGUAGGAGAUUGAACCCCUGUAUAUGUGGCUAUCAUCCCGACCCCACACAGGAGGUCGGUUGAUGUCCAACAGGCAAAGCCAUGAGGGGGUUUCCUCCCUGGUUUAAAAAUCGUCGACAACCAGUCGAACUUAAAGCACUUGUGAUAAUCUAGCUCAAACUGCCCUAUUAGAUAUUAUUUUGUAUUUGAUGUAUUUUAUCGUUUUUCUGAUUUCAAAUUGGUGCUGAAGAUGUAAUGAGUUUAUACAAAAUGAUUUGAAUCUUACUAUUUACUUACAACCAUGAUGUAUCAUGCAAUUAGAGACAGGACAAACAUUCAAAAACAGUGUAUUGAAAAUACUUUCUCAUAUAGUCAAACGACAAUCCCAAGGAUAUUCUUCUAAUUGAUGCAACGCUCAAUUCAUUCAUUUGCUUUAUUCUUAAGAAUGGGCCCUACAAUGAAUAUAAUAAAAUAGGUAUGUUGACAACUCUUUAUCCAGCAGUUCCCCUGAUGAAUCUUCAUCUUGACCUCCAAACAGUAAGUCUUGUUCUCUAUUGCUUGAACCAUGGAAAUGUAUUACUGUAUGUAGUUGCAAACAAAUAAACAUAUGGUAAAUACCAA